UUGAAAGAAGACAACAAGCCACCGUCACAUUCUUGUAAAGGAGCAACCGAUAUGUGUAUGAAAAUUUAGUUCUACUCGAGCUUCGGAUACUGCAGUACGAUGGUUAACAGAGUUUUUCUUGUGGGCUUUAUAUUCGCCACGUUUUUUGGUGUGAUUUGGUGUGCAUGCAGACAAUCUUACGUGACAAAGUGCGACCAUUUCGAAGACUUAAAAAAAUACGAAGAUAUAGAGAACAUGAGAACGUUAAUUAUAGGCUCGGAACAUGGUGACGUAGAACCAUCCCCUGUUAGUCUGAUAGAAGACCUUGACUACUAUUCUUUCUACAGAUUGACAACGGUUAUUAUCGUUCGAUCAAUCAACCAGUUAAAGCCACAACGUUCAUGGAAAUGUGAUUAUCAUGAAUCUUCCCUGAAAUAUUUCACGUUGUAUGCCAACAAGUUAAAAGUGAUUGAGAAGGAUCAAUUACCUAGAAUUGCACUAAAAUUAUUUAGUUUGGUUAACAACGGAAUUGAAUCAGUGAAACCUUACGCGUUCUAUCAUCAAAUUGAAGAGAUUGAUUUAUCUGAAAAUUUAUUAGAAGUAAUAGAAAAUGAUUCUCUACCUAGCGAGAGUACGUCUGUGAGCAUUAGAAACAAUAAGUUGGCGCACAUCGAAGCUGAUGGUUUUCCUAAAGGCUUGAAGAAUCUCAACUUGGCUGGAAAUCAACUAAGAUAUAUUCCACCUGAAGUUUUAAAAAAUGUAAAGAACCUUACAGAAUUGACUCUGAGCCACAACAAAUUCAAUUCUUUACCACCGAUCAAGCAUUUAGAACAGUUAGUAGUUUUCGAUAUAUCUUUCAACUCGAUCAGUACACUGGAACGCGGCACGUUUGAAAAAAUGGAUAAUUUGAAACUAAUCGAUUUAUCCGACAACAACAUUCACCAAAGUGACGUUUUGCAGCUACUCAGCACUCCCGGAAAGCAACCAUCGCUUACAGUUUCGUUAGCUCUGAAUCGUCUCAGCAACUUAGAACUUGAGAAUCUUUCCCUCCAAACUCAGACGUUUGUUUUGUAUGGAAAUCCUUGGAAGUGCAACGUGUGGCAUGAAAUUAAAAAGAACCUGUCUGUCCGUGAAAGUGAUUGUUCUUUUGAACUACCUUCUAAUGAAACUUUGCCUAUUUGUGUUUCUUAUGUCGUUGAUGGUGACUACAGCUCUAGGGAGACUGAAAUUGCAAAAUUCGUUGCAGCAUUUCGAGAGAUUCUUAAAAAUCGUCCAAGGAAUUUCUACUGUCGUGACGACUUGAGUCGAAAUAAAUGGCUGUAUCCUAUUAAGCGUAAUUGUUAUGGAUUUCACGGUUAAAAACGUGUUGUCAUAUGCUGUGUCAAUGUAGAGAUUAAAUAAAAUUCUAGGAAAAU